CGCGCGCCUCACUCGCAAGCCGCGGCGCGGAAAGCUCUUCCUCGCUCGCGCUCAAAAGCGCAGCGGCACGCGCGGGCAGCUGGGCCGCCGGCAUUAUUCAAUCCGCCCACGCGCGAUGGGUGAGAUCGGCGCGGACGACCGCGGCCUGGCGGCGGCCGGCAAGGAGGAGGAGGGCGUCGCCGGCGGCGGUGGCGGCGGCGAGGAGGAGGAGGAGGCGUCGCCGAUCGAGCAGGUGCGGCUGACGGUGCCGUCGACGGACGACCCGUCGCUGCCGGUGUGGACGUUCCGGAUGUGGAGCAUCGGGCUGCUGUCGUGCGCGCUCAUGAGCUUCCUCAACCAGUUCUUCACCUACCGGACGGAGCCGCUCAUCGUGACGCAGAUCACGGUGCAGGUGGCGUCGCUGCCCGUGGGCCACUUCAUGGCCCGGGUGCUGCCGCGCACCAGGUUCCGGGUGCCCGCACUGCUCGGCGGCGGCGAGUGGAGCCUCAACCCGGGGCCCUUCAACAUGAAGGAGCACGUGCUCAUCUCCAUCUUCGCCAACGCCGGCUUCGCCUUCGGCGGCGGCAACGCCUACGCCGUCGGCAUCAUCGACAUCAUCCGCGCCUUCUACCACCGCCACAUCUCAUUCUUCACCGCCUGGCUCCUCGUCAUCACCACGCAGGUGCUCGGAUACGGGUGGGCGGGGCUGAUGCGCAAGUACGUGGUGGAACCCGCGCACAUGUGGUGGCCGAGCACGCUCGUCCAGGUCUCCCUCUUCCGGGCACUGCACGAGAAGGAUGAUGCCGGCACAGGUUCGCGCCAGAUCUCCCGCUCCAAGUUCUUCAUGGUGGCGCUCGCGUGCAGCUUUGCAUGGUACGCCGUUCCAGGCUACCUCUUCCCGGCCCUGAUGUCCAUCUCAUGGGUGUGCUGGGUCUUCUCCAAGUCCGUUACAGCGCAGCAGCUUGGGUCAGGCAUGAAGGGCCUUGGCCUCGGCGCCUUCACACUCGACUGGUCCACGGUCUCCUCCUUCCUCUUCAGUCCCCUCAUCUCGCCCUUCUUCGCCACCGUCAACAUCUUCUUUGGCUAUGUGUUCUUCGUCUACCUGAUCAUGCCGAUAGCAUAUUGGGGGUUCAACCUGUACAACGCCAAGACGUUCCCCAUCUUCUCUUCACACCUGUUCAUGUCAAACGGCACCAAGUACGACAUCCCUUCAAUUGUCAACACUCAGUUUCAGCUUGAUAAGGAUGCGUACAAUCAGCAUGGCAAAGUCAACCUCAGCAUAUUCUUCGCACUCAGUUAUGGGUUCAGCUUCGCCACCAUUGCUGCCACCAUAACGCAUGUCGGGCUCUUCUACGGAAAGGAAAUCUACCACCGCUUCAAAGCAUCGCAGCAGGAGACGCCUGACAUCCACACAAGGUUGAUGAAGAAGUAUGAUGACAUCCCUGCAUGGUGGUUCUACUCGCUGAUGGCGCUUUCAGUUACAGUGUCCCUCCUCCUCUGCACUGUACUGAAGCGCGAGGUCCAGCUCCCAUGGUGGGGUCUCAUCUUCGCGUGUGGCAUGGCAUUCAUCUUCACCCUUCCCAUCAGCAUCAUCACUGCGACAACCAACCAGUCACCUGGUCUGAAUGUGAUCACUGAGUAUGCCAUGGGUCUGAUUAUGCCGGGCUAUCCUAUUGCCAACGUCUGCUUCAAGGUUUAUGGCUACAUGAGCAUGUCACAGGCUGUUGCUUUCCUCUCGGACUUCAAGCUUGGCCACUAUAUGAAGAUCCCUCCCAAAUCCAUGUUCCUUGUUCAGUUUGUUGGUACUAUCGUGGCUGGCACGGUCAACCUUGGGACGGCAUGGUGGCUGCUCGGCUCCAUCAAGGACAUCUGCUCGGAUUCACUCCCACCAGACAGCCCGUGGACAUGCCCUGGUGACCGUGUGUUCUUUGAUGCAUCAGUGAUAUGGGGCCUUGUCGGUCCGAGGCGCAUCUUUGGGUCAGCUGGGAACUACGGCGCCCUCAACUGGUUUUUCCUCAUUGGCGCAGCAGGCCCAGUUAUUGUAUACGCUCUCCACAGGAUGUUCCCCAACCAGAGGUGGAUACCAUUGAUCAAUCUGCCAGUGCUCCUUGGUGCAACGGCCAGCAUGCCCCCAGCAACGGCUGUGAACUAUAACUCAUGGCUGCUCAUUGGCACCAUCUUCAAUUUCUUUGUGUUCCGGUACCGGAAGAAGUGGUGGACAAGGUACAACUACAUUCUCUCUGCUGCGCUUGACGCUGGAGUUGCAUUCAUGGGGGUGGUGCUGUACUUCUCACUGACAAUGGAGAACAAAAGCAUCGAUUGGUGGGGCACAGCUGGAGAACACUGUCCUCUAGCCUCGUGUCCUACAGCUAAAGGGGUGGAUUUGGGUCCCGAUAGUGUCUGCCCAGUGUUCUAAGUUUAGAGUUUAAUGACUCAAGGUACAGCUGCAAAAAUAGUUGAUCAAUUGUUGUGUUGUAUGAAGUAUAAUACAGCUACAUAAACGUCAUAGCCUUGUAUACUUAUAGUCAAUUUCAUAGAAAAGAAAGAUCUAGGGCCUGUUUGGAGACA